UUAAUCAUUAUUAUUUAUUGAUUUUCUAUACUGCCCUCUAUAGGCUUCAUUUGGGAAGCUUAUUCCAUUUUAAAAGGAUGCAGUUCUUAAUUACAACAUAUUAAUUAUAGAUAUACAUUACCACCUCCAGGUGUUUCCAGAUUCUCUGAUAAACAAAUUCAGGAACAUUCAGCUGUGAAUCACACUUGAUAACAGAAUGUAGUCUAAUCCGAUUAAAAUUUAUUACAGGUGAAAAUGAACAACUCCUAAACUCUUGAUCAGUUUGAACACAGAAAAGUCUCUAUAAUGGCCAUGCUUACAUGUAUAAUAAUAGUUUGGUAAAUGCAAAAUCAAGUCAAGGUAGCCUAUGAAUAUAAAAAAAAUCUGCACCAUGUAUAAAGCAACUUACAAUAUAACUUUAUAAAAACCAGCUCAUAAUCAAAUGGCCAAUACAUGGGUGAAUUCCAUGGUAAGAAUAACAAGGAAAAGGAUGGAAAGCAAAACAGCCAAUAUCAUAAUUCCUUGAUACAAAUCUAUGGUGCAACCACAUUUGAUAGACUCUGUCCAGGUCUGGUCACAGCACCUUAAAAAUGAUAUUGUACAGCUGGAAAAAGGGCAGAAAAAGGGCAACGCCCUUUUUAUUUUUAAAUCACACAACCAGAUUCAGGUCUUGGGACACUUAGAGUAUACACUUGCCAAGAUCUGUUUAGGUUCUUGUCUAGGAUUGGCCUGGGUGUUCUGAUUCCUUCUAUUCAGGCAAUGUUCCUGGGUUGCUAACAUAGGAGCCAACUCCUAGGGGCCAAGGUCCCUUCGCAUGUGCCCCCAUAAAAUAUUUGAGGGGGCUGGACCUUCCCAAAGUUGAUGGGCAACACCAUUAAAAUGGUGUGUGCAGGCACAUUAUGUGAUCAAUUUUCAGGACGGCGCUUACUUGGGCCCCCGAAAUAUUUUAUCCAAGCAGGGUCCCCCCUCCCAUGCUUUUCCCUGGAAAACCUGCACUUUACCUCUGAAUCAGAGCAAUCAGCAAUUGCUGUUUGCUCCGAUUCAGCAAUAAAGUGCAGGUUUUCCUGGACAAAGCCCCAGGACCAAACAACAACAUGGCGUUUUUAAAGCCAAGACCUGUGCCAAAGGAAAUCUGGAUGAGCCCAAACCAAAGUGUCCCAGUGCAAGGAACAGUGCCCCUUUAAUCCCUACAUGAACGAACCAGAAAGAUGUGCAUCCUCUGGCCAGAUCUAAAAGAUACAUUUCCGUAAUAUACUCAAGCAAAUCCACAAAGGGCCCAGGACUACAGUUCUGUUCCUGUGCACUGCAUCAUUAUAAGACACUGGAAACUGACACCAGAUUGUCAUAAAUGACCCAAACAUUGCAGAAGUGUCCCUGACCCUGUGCUUUUCAAACGUUCUAAAGCAAAAUAUUCACCCCAUUAAGCAACUAUGUAUGUUAAACUCAAUACAAAUUGCUUUGGUCAGAAUACUGGAUAAAAUCCUGAUACAAAGUCAGACUGACUCAGUGUGCUUUGGCCCUCCUACACCAAUACUUUCAAUACUCUUGUACACGACACUCCCACAAAUCCCUGGACUUAGGAUAUUUGCAGUAUCAAUAUGAAGGCCAUCCCUCUUCUCCACCCUGGGAUGUUCAACUGCUUUGAAUGUUGCAACACUAAGAAUAUAAAAGCACUUGUUGACCUUCCUCAAGGCUGCAAAUCUCCACGUUUGCUCUGCUUUCAUCUGGCACCAUCAUGGAGCUGUUUGAGUGGACCCUGUUUUUACUCAUCGUCUUGCUAAUUGGGGUCCUUUUCUUUUCCCAAAGGAGUGAUGUCUACUGCAAGAUGGUGCUUUUCUAUGGCUGGAUUGCAGUGAUGAGCAUCCUAGUGCCCCCUUGGGUAGCUCUAAUCAGGGGGUCUAGAGUGGAAAACCUGAAGAUUCUUUGCUUCAUGAUGCGGCAAGUCAGAUAUUUACUUGGCGUCAAGAUCAUAGUUCAUGGCUCCGAGAAUCUGAAUACCAAGGGGCCGUAUAUGGUUGUUGCCAACCAUCAGACCAUUCUUGAUGUUCUGGGAAUAGCGGAGGUACUUCCCGACCGCUGUCUGAUUCUUUCCAAAAAGGAGUUGAAGUACAUGGGCCCGAUGGGCAUCAUCUGCUGGCUAUGCAAAUUCAUUCUUCUCGACCGCAAUAAUAAGCGCUCAGCCAGAGAAACCAUGGAUCACAUCACAAGGACCCUGCUGCAGCAGAACCUGAGGGUCUGGGUUUACCCAGAAGGCACCAGGAACCGGACGGCCACACUACGUCCCUUCAAACGAGGAGUCUUCAGUGUGGCUGUGAAGGCUCAGAUCCCCAUAAUCCCUGUUGUGACCUCCUAUUAUCAACAACCCCCCAACCUCAAAGAUGGCCAGAAGCCCUUUUUUUGUAGAGAUAAGUGGAUCAUCCAGAUUUUGCCCAAGAUAGAAACACGAGGCCUUGGGCCAGAAGAAGUCCCUGCACUUGCUGACAGCACACAGAAACUGAUGCUGGAUACUUUCAAUGAGAUCAAUGGGCACAUAGUUUUAGAGAAAGAUACCGGAGAGUGAGGGCCUCCUUAUCAUGUAAGCCUGGGAGGACCCACCAACCAGGAAGCUAGACAAGAACUUUGCUUCCGUCCAACAAGACGAGGACAGAGGAAACGCCUCACUCCACCCAGACCCAACUAAGACCAGGGCCACGUAGUGGCUCAGCUAUAUGACGACAGGAUCCAGGCAUCUCUCCAGCCCACAAGAACAACAAUUCUAUUUAGCAGCACUAUUGAAACGUCUGAUAGUUCCACUAAUCAAUCACUCAUGCUACCUUGGGCUGAGAUUCCUAGGGUUGGAAAGGCUGCUCUGAUUUGUCGCCCAGCAAUUCUGCAAUUAUUGUUAGCUCUCAUUAAUAUCUCACCUUUCCUCUAAAGAGCUCAAUGUGAUAUAUAAGAUUCUUCCCUUCUCCUUUUUAUCUCCACAAGAAACCUAUGGUGUAGGUUAGGCUGGGAGACGGGUGACUAGCCCAAGAUCAGCCAGUGAGCUUCAUGACUAAGUUGGGAUUUGAACCCUGGUCUUCCACAUCCUAGUCCAACACCCUAACCAUUCUCCUAUAUUCAGGAACUGGUAUUGCCCUGUAACUUCAAAGAGCAAGAUGUGGAGUCCUUCUCUCUCCAGAUUUUGUUCUUUCAUAUAUGUAUAUGGUUUUACAAUUUAAUAUUCAGUCAAAUAACACAAUAUAACAUUUAUCAUAUAAAAGAAAAAAAACCCCUCUCCAUCACUUCCCUCAACUUUCCCUUCUGGAUCUUUAAAUAUUUACUACUUCUGCUUAAUUGUUAACUUGUUUUUAUGAUCUUGUAUCUGAAUGCUCUAAAAUUCUUAUCAUUUUUAUACCAAAUUUUCAUAAUUACAUCUUACACUCAAUUACAUUCCAUAUUAUUGUAUCUUGACCUUUAAACUUGUUUUCUUACUUGUAAGUGUUUAAUCAAACCCUGCUAGUGAGUCCAUUUCUUUACAGUAUUUCUGUAAAUACAACAUAAAAGGUUCCCAGUCUUUUUUAAAAUCUUCAUUGUCAUUGUUUCUGAUUCUUUUUGUAACUUUUGCCAUUUCUGCAUAUUCCAUAAGUUUGACUUGCCAUUCUUCUUUCAUUGGUAUGUUGUCAUCUUUCCAUUUUUGGGCUAGGAGAAUCCCAGCCCCCGUUGUUGCCUACAUAAACAACUUCUUCCGCUCUUUUGCUAAUUCCUGUCCUAUUAUACCUAACAGAAAUGCUUCUGGUUUUUUAACAAAAGUUUUUUUAAACAUCUUCUUCAAAUCAUUAUAUGUCAUUUACCAGGUUUUUUUGAUUACUUUAGAAUUCCACCACAUAUGACAAAACGUACCUUCUUUCUCUUUACACUUCCAGCACUUA